CGUUACACCAGCUUCAUCGACCAAACUUCACCAACACCGACAUCGCCUCUCUCCCCCAGCUCUGCCGCGGCGACGGCAACUCCGCCACCAUGCCCUCCGUCAUCCUCGUCGUCUUCGUCGUGCAGCUCCUACUGUCGCUCAUCAGCACAGUGGGAGCCCAAGCCAUCAACGACCUCGCCUGGUACAUCUUCACCCUCCUCCCGACCCCACAAUCCCGCGCCGCCAAAGAGAACCUCAAACUCCGCCGCGAAGUCGUCCAACUCGAGCGCGAACUCCGCGCGACCUCCGCGCAAGACGAAUUCGCCAAAUGGGCCAAGAUCCGCAGACAGCACGAUAAAGCGAAAGACAAGUAUGAGAAGCAAGCAUCCUCCCUAACCUCCUUCCGCUCAACCUUCAUGUCCAUCGUCUCCAAACUCCGCUGGGUGGGCACCCAAGGUGUCAACUUCCUGCUCAACACCUACUACUCCAAAACACCCAUGUUCUACCUCCCACAAGGCUGGGUACCAUAUCACGCCGAAUGGCUGCUCUCCUUCCCUCGCGCGCCUGUCGGCGGGGUAUCUGUGAACGUCUGGGCAAUCGCAUGCGGGAGCGUGAUAGGGAUGGUAAUGGAAUUGGUCGUGGCAGCGUUGGCUUUGAAGAAGGGAGAAGGGAAAGUAGGGGAGAAGGCCAAGAUACCGGCGAACACUCCCGCAGGUGUGGGAGGGAGAAAGAAGGAGUUGUGAAAGGACGAAGGACAGACUAUGCAAGCGUGCAGCAACAGUCGAAACAGCCAAAUCUUGAAAGAAAGGGCACAGUGCACAACGACUCCGAUGAUGUUUCAUGUUCAUUCUGCCAUUCUCAUGAGCCCAAUCCCCCAACCCCAUAACAUCAUGACACCAGGACCUCAUGAACAACCCACGAUGCAAGUUUGCGCAUGCAUCAAAAUUGCCUCUGCUCAGGCGACCAGAAAUGAAUGUCAAUCCCUUCCCCCAGUAAGAAAACCUCGACCCAAAAGAAACCCACUUCAACCAAU